GCGAGAGGCUACUUUGAGUGUUCUGCACUAGGACCCCCGCCCAGCUUCCUGGACCCACCUACCUCAAUCUGCUUGUCCUGGAAGACCUUGUUGAUGCUGGUGUUGAAGGCCGAGCCGGAGAACAUGGAGGUGAUGGGGGCCUGGAUCUCGGCCUUGGCUGGCUGCUGGGCUCGGGUGAACAUGGCUGUAGGCUGCUCUCUGGACCUUUUGGCCUGAAGCCAUGGAGUACCCCCAGGAUCCCUAGCUGUCCUCGGCAGUGCCCCCCACUGGUAGGCUGCUCUACCUGAAGGAGGAGGCGGGGGCACCCCAGCCUUGGUGCAGGGACCCAUGGGCACUCGGUUCUCACACAGGGGCACCAGCGGCCGUACCGGACAGUGUCUGCGCGGGUGGGCAAGGACUCCACAAUGCUGCAUCUGCCGGUCGAGGCCUUCUCUGCCAUCUUCGAGAAGUACUCCGAGAGCCUGGUGCGGGUGGUGCAGAUCAUCGUGGUGUGUGUGCAGCGGGUCACCUUCCUGGCCCUGCACAAUUACCUGGGGCUGACUAAUGAACUCUUCAGCCACGGGAGUGAUGGGCCCUGCCCUGGAGCUCCUCCCACGGGAGUGGUGAGUCCUGCUCCCUGCACCAGAACCUUCGUCCUUCCUGUUGCCGGCACAGGGGCCCGAGGACAGCAACAGUGAGGUUCGUUGCCCGGUGUGCUUC